CGAGCGGACAACAGAAGCCGCUCCACUCUCCUCUAGCUCUCCGCCUGUGUGUCAACUGCUAGUUUAGAUUAGUUCUUCUUCUUUUUGUUUUUAACUUCACCUUUUAGUUCGUUAACUUAUCUUUUUAUUCAUCAAAAUGCUUUCUACUCGCUCUCCUCUCUCCGUGAAGAAUGAGAACUCCCUCAGCAGCAACAUCAGCAACAUGUCGCUGGACAAAGAAAACACGCCACCGAGCAUGAACACGACCCGCAUCUUGGCGUCUAAAACGGCGCGUAAAAUCUUCAGUGACGCUGCGCCCAAAGCCGUGAAGAAGAGCAGCCGUAGUGAGGAAGAGGAGCCGCUGCUGAAGGAGAACCCUCGUCGCUUCGUCAUCUUCCCCAUCCAGUACCACGACAUCUGGCAGAUGUACAAGAAGGCCGAGGCCUCUUUCUGGACUGCAGAGGAGGUGGAUCUGUCCAAGGACCUGCAGCACUGGGACUCUCUGAAGGACGACGAGAGGUUCUUCAUCUCUCACGUGUUGGCGUUCUUUGCCGCCAGCGACGGCAUCGUCAACGAGAACCUGGUGGAGCGCUUCACACAGGAAGUGCAGGUGACGGAGGCGAGGUGUUUCUAUGGUUUCCAGAUCGCCAUGGAGAACAUCCACUCAGAGAUGUACAGCCUCCUCAUCAACACCUACAUCAAGAAGCCCCAAGAGAGAGAAUACCUGUUCAACGCCAUCGAGACGCUGCCGUGUGUGAAGAAGAAGGCCGACUGGGCGAUCAACUGGAUCGGCAACAAAAGCGCCCAAUUCGGAGAGCGUGUGGUGGCCUUCGCCGCCGUGGAGGGAAUCUUCUUCUCUGGUUCCUUCGCCUCCAUCUUCUGGCUGAAGAAGAGAGGCCUGAUGCCUGGUCUGACCUUCUCCAACGAGCUAAUCAGCAGAGACGAGGGUCUGCACUGUGACUUCGCCUGUCUGAUGUUCAAACACCUGGUGAACAAACCGUCGGCAGAAACCGUCACCAACAUCAUCAGGAACGCCGUGCAGAUCGAGCAGGAGUUCCUGACGGAGGCUCUGCCGGUGAAGCUGAUCGGGAUGAACUGUGAUCUGAUGAAGCAGUACAUCGAGUUUGUAGCCGACAGACUGUUGCUGGAGCUCGGCUUCACAAAGAUCUACCGGGUGGAGAACCCCUUCGACUUCAUGGAGAACAUCUCUCUGGAGGGAAAGACCAACUUCUUUGAGAAGCGCGUGGGCGAGUACCAGAGGAUGGGCGUGAUGUCCGGCACCACGGACAACACCUUCAGAAUGGACGCCGACUUCUGAGGACAGAGGUGGAGCGAGCCACACUCAGUCACACAUCUCACACUGCAAACACUCUAAAGACUCUAAUUCAACCCGGACCAGUCGUGGGUUAACCAGCGAUAGACUCUGAGCUAGUGCAUGCUGGGAUUGGCUUUUACUCAAAUACUGCAGAUAAAUACACCGACUGCCGCUUCACCACCAUGAAAUGAGACUUGCCAAGAAUUCAGAGCGCUGCUGCCCGCUUGUGUAUUUGUAAAUAACUGUUUUAUCGGCAUUUUUUUUUUACAUGUAAAGAUUUAUUUAUACAUAUAUUAGUACUUUUAGAUCAGUGGUGUGUUAGGGUACUUAAAUGUGUACAGGAACAUUAUUUUAGGGAUUUGUUUUGUAAUAAAAA